GCCUCUCGCUGCUUUUAGCUUUCUUGCAUUAUACUUAAAAUAUAGGAUGAAGAUUUUGAUUAUUGUGGGUGUACUGGCUGUCGUGGCGGUGGCUUACGGUUUUGAAGUGGCCGCAGUGGUAAAAUUCAGAAAUGACCUCAGUCGAUGCUCUAAAGAUAUGGAUGAAUUAUCGAGUAAUCCGAGUAUCGAUAAUUUACAUUGCGUAAUGAUCAAGGAUGGUAAGAUGCUUAAGCCGAAUGGCGAAUACGACCCGAAAGUAGCUUUAAAGAGACUUGCGGAUUUGAUGUCCGAUUCAGGCAGAGUAGAAGUGGCGCAUGCGCUAUUUAACAAAUGCUACAAAGAAGCGGUUGACAGUGGAGUCAUCGGCGCCGAGCAAACAAAACAAGUUCUCACUUGCAGCAAGGCAAUCUUAUAUAUGGUCGACAAAAUAAAUUAAAAGCGCAAUCCAAAGAUUUUUCUUUAAGUAAAGUAUAUAUAAAACGUUUUCUGUCUAA